AUGGAAAAUGUGGACAAACUUAUCGAGCACGUAGGAGACUUUGGGCCUUUCCAGAAAAGGAUUGUUACACUUGGUUCAUUACCGUUAAUACUCUUUGCUUUUGUACUUGUCGGGGUUGUUUUCUUAGGGCACACUCCGGAUCACUGGUGUUGGAGUCCUGGAUCUGAGCGCCUGCAGAAGGAAUGUGGCUGGACAGACCUUGAGGUGCGGGAAGUCACUGUUCCCCGUUCUGAACAGUCAGGAUCUUUCAGCGGCUGUGAAAGGUUUGCCGUAGACUGGAGUAAAAGCCAAAACAAAUGCAAUGGGCUUGACUGGUGGCUGACUUCUAACGCAACCCAGCUGGUGCCUUGUGACAGGGGAUGGGUGUUUGAUAGAAGCCACAGCACUAUUGUUUCUGAGUUCUCAUUGGUCUGUGAGAAAUCCUGGCUUGCUGACCUGAAUCAAGUUUUCUUGGCAUGUGGAUUUUUUAUUGGAGCUUUUGCUACAGGCCACCUAGCUGACAGGUUUGGGAGAAAGCCAUGUUUCAUUGCAUCAAUGCUUGGCCUUGGUAUCACAGGUGUCGGGGUCAUGCUGUCGCCAUGGUACCCGCUGCUGCUAACGUUUCGAUUUCUACAAGGGUUUUGUGGAAAGGGAGCAUGGACGGCCACCUAUGUGCUUGUGAUUGAGUUCUUUGGAUCAAACAACAGGAAAUUUGUGUCCAUGGUGAGUCGGACUUUCUACUCCACUGGCAUGGUCAUCCUGCCUGGUCUGGCUUACUUCCUGUCCUCCUGGAGGACUCUGCAGCUGGCCAUGAGUCUGCCUUGCAUCUUGUUUAUCUCAUACCACUGGAUUGUUCCUGAAUCUCCACGGUGGCUGUUCUCACAAAGAAGAACUGCAGAGGCCAUGAGGGUUGCUGCAAAUAUUGCAAAAUGCAACGGGAGAACUUUACCACAUAAUCUUCCAGAGAUAAUUCUUUCAGAGGAAAAGGAAGAAGUAAAGCCUGCAUCAGUAAUGGCUUUGUUUAGGACUCCAAAUAUAAGAAAAAACACACUAAUUUUAACUUAUGCCUGGUUUACAAGUACUAUCGUGUUUCAAGGCCUGAUCCUGCGGCUAGGGAUUACAGGCGAUGACCUCUCGUUGGAUUUCUUUCUCUCUGCUGUGGUGGAGCUUCCCACUGGCCUAAUCUUCUACCUGCUGGUCGACAGAGUUGGCCGACGCUCCCUAAUGGCCGUUACCAACUUCACUGGCGGCAUCGCCUGCCUCGUAGUCCCCUUCAUCCCGUCAGAUUUUGCCUGGUUGAAAAAGUCAAUUGUAAUCAUCGGGAGGCUUGCUGUUGCCAUUGGAUUUGAGACCCUGACCUUUGCAAACACAGAGAUGUAUCCCACACCUCUGAGAAAUUUGGGUGUGUCACUGUGUUCAUCAGCCAGUGACUUCGGAGCAAUUGUAGCCCCAUUUCUGCUCUACAGACUGGCCAGUAUCUCGCAGGAGCUGCCUCUUUUUCUUUAUGGUGUGAUGUCAGUGCUCUACAGUGGAUUGGUGACAAUGCUGCCUGAGAUGACCGGGGUUGCCCUGCCAGAGACCAUAAAGGAUGUGGAGAACCUAACAGGGUAA